AAUGCGUGACACGUUUACAAUGGCCAAAGCGUCCCUAUACUUGGGAUAUUCCUGGAAAUUGAGACUUUUUGAUCGCUCCAGAGAAUAGAUAACAAAUAAGUAAUGAAUAUUAUCCUCUGUAAGGGUUUGAGGUACAGGAGUGAAGAAGCCCUAUAUAAUGUGCCACACCCUUAUCAUCAUUGUUUCAUCAGAUCGAUUAUCUAUCAUUGCCCAAUUUUCACCCUAUCCCCUCUUCUGCCCCAAAUUCCUCGAAUCCUCUGCAGGCUUUUCUCUUUGUGUUUUAAUUGAGCACUUUGUUGUGGUGGGCAUGGCAAUGGAAGCUCAAACUGGGACUCAUGUAGCCAUUCUUCCGAGCCCAGGCAUGGGCCACCUAAUCCCCUUGGUGGCCUUCUCCAAGCGCCUCGUUGCUACGCACUCCUUUUCCAUCACCUUCAUAAACCUCAUCACAGACUCCUCCGCCGCUCAGUCCUCCGUCCUCUCGACCCUCAACGACGUCGGCCUUUCCUCUCUCCAAUCUGUUGAUCUCCCCCCAGCUGACCUCUCUGACCUCCCCAUCUCAGCCAAGAUCGAGACCCGUAUCUCCCUCACCGUGCGCCGGUCCCUCUCCUCCCUCCGCACCCUCCUUUGCGACCUCACCUCCAAAUUUCCCAACACUGUCAUGGUGGCCGACAUCUUUGGCACCGACGCCUUCGAUGUUGCCGACGAACUGAGCCUCCCAAAAUACUUAUUUUUCCCUGCAAACGCCACUGCUCUCUGCCUCAUGAGUCAACUUCCUGCUCUCGAUGCCCAGGUUUCAGGAGAGUUCAGGGACCUUCCGGAGCUCAGGCUCCCAGGUUGCUCAUCGCCUUUCCCUGGAAAAGACCUCCUCGCCCCACUUCAAGACAGGAAAGAUGCCGCUUACUCUUGGUUACUCCACCAGGCCAAGCGUUACCGGCAAGCAGACGGCAUUUUCGUAAACACUUUCGAGGGCCUUGAAUCACAGGCCCUGCAAUUCCUCAAGGAGAAUCGAGCUUCAUUUCCUGAGGUGUUUCCUGUGGGUCCCCUGACUCUGGAGCUGCCCGAAAAUGAUAGUGAGUGCCUGCGGUGGCUUGACGAGCAGCCCCCUGGCUCAGUCCUGUUUGUGUCCUUUGGGAGCGGUGGCACUCUGUCGUGCGGGCAGUAUCAAAAUUUGGCUCAUGGGUUGGAGAAAAGCGGCCAGAGAUUCCUGUGGGUGAUUCGAACCCCUGAGGUCACGGAGGGUCCGGCAGCCUUCUUCACUGUAGAGAGCAAAGGAGACCCCAAGGCCUACUUGCCUCAAGGCUUCCUUGAGAGGACCAAGGGGGUGGGAAUGGUGGUACCAUCGUGGGCGCCGCAGACACGGGUGCUGGCCCAUGCAGCAACCGGAGGGUUCCUGACGCACUGCGGCUGGAACUCGACUCUUGAGAGCUUUCAGAAUGGGAUUCCAUUAAUUGCUUGGCCAUUGUAUGCAGAGCAGAAGAUGAAUGCCAUACUUUUGGUGGAUGAGAUAAAGGUAGCCAUUAGGCCUAAGAUGCAGGAAGAUGGUAUAAUAAAAGUGGAGGAGAUUGAUAGGGUGGUGAGGGGUUUGAUGGAAGGCGAGGAGGGAAAGGCCCUCCGGGCCAAGAUGCGCGACCUCAGGGAUGCCGCCUCCACCGCCGUGGCCGAGGGGGGCUCCUCUUACCAUUCAGUUGUCAAUGCUACACAGAUAUGGAGAUCCACCGUCUAAUCCAAUUGUGCAUAGCCUAGAUUGACUCUCUCUCCCUGUACUCCUCUCCGCCUCUGAUAUAAAAGCUAUUUGAGAAGGCCUUUUCUUUUUCUUUUUAUUAUAUCUAGAUUAGCAUGAAUACGAUAGCGACUCAUGUACAAAAAUUAAAAAUAAAAGAGUCGGGGUUUUGUGUUCCUCA